AUGGACUGCAGCUCCACGUGCGCACGGCAGGAGCAAGCCACCAGCACUGUAAAAGUGGAUGUGGAGGCCAUGGUCCGACGGCAGGCCGAGGAAGAAGCGCGGCAGAAAGCGGAGGAGCAGGCCGAGCAGCAACGUGCCGAGGAGGCCCGACGAGCGGCACAGGAGGCCGCGGAGGCUGCUCGCCAGGCUCAGCUGGAGCAGAAACUCCGGGAGCAGCGCGAGGCGGAGGAGCAGGAGCGGCUCGAAGCCGAGCGCCGAGCGGCAGAGGAGAAGGAGCAAGCCCGCCGGAGGGCACAGGAGCAAGCUGAACGAGAACACGAGGAGCGGCAGCGCGAGGUGGCGAGCUUCCUGAAGCAGCACGGAUUCAGCUCCAUCAACGGUGUCAAGAAGUCCUUCAUGAGCAGCACAUAUCCGCUCCACAAGGCAGCCGAGCUGGGCGAUGCACACAUGGUGGAUCAGCUUGUGAAGGCAGGCGCUGACGUGGCCAAGAAGAACUCGGGAGGCAAGACCGCUGCACAAGUUGCUGCGAAGAAGGACAAGAAAGGCUCCCACAGUGCGACCCUGUCUGUGUUGACCCAGGCUCGGGUGGUCGGGGGCGCGUGA